AUGUUUGUUGAUGGAACUGAAGAAGGUAACGAAGAGGCGGAUCAUGAUGAAGAAGUGGACGUUGAAGAGGAUGACGUGUCUAACGAGGAUGGAGAUUUUGCAGGAGACGACAUCAAUAAUGACAAUAUGGACUAUGACUCGGAGCAGGAUGUUCAUGGGAGUGAUGACAUCAUGCCAGACCCCUCAGACCACGAUAAUCAAACCUACCCUAGCAACAACCAAGUCAGAUGCCCUGCACAAGUACCUGAUCGAGGUGCAUAUUCGCAGGACGAGGAUUAUGACGACACGGGAGUGGCUGACAUGGACCGUGAUCAUCGGAAUGAUCGCACCACUAGCAGGAAGGGUAGAGACCAGAACAUCAAUGUAGCUCAGGCGCCAACGCGAGCGAGCCUGCAGAGCACUAACCAACAAGCUCCGGGUCAUUUGGGCGCUCCAGCAGUAGUUGCUCACCACACGAAAAACCAGUGGCCACGUUCUCCAUCCCCAUCAUAUUUGAACAGCGUACGAAAUCACUGCCCAAAGACUAAGUGUGCUCGCACGAGCAACUCCCUGUCAAGUGAUGACUCUGAUGACCAGCAGGACGACUUGGAAGAUCUUGAUGAGGUUGAGAAUACUGGGAAGCGCUGCUGCACCAAGAAAGCAAAGGGUACUGCUACUAAUUGCGAUGCAACUAAUGUCGGGUUCUACCCGCCACUCUGGCAAAAACUUCUUGACCACGCAAAGGCUAAUUUCAGACUUCAUCUCGCUAUUUCCGUCCCAUUUCCCGACAAAGAGGAGUCCAUCGGUAAUACCGGAGUCUGUGGUGAAAUGAUUGCAGAAGCAAUUGUACAAUGGCAAGAGCAGAAACGCAAGCUUGAGAAAGGUUUCUACCCUGAGUUCAAACCGGGGAUGGCUACCGUGGUUUUCAAUGACACCGCGACAUUCCGCAGCAAGAUCAAGCAGAUCGUGCUUACCGUCGUUCCGAUGACAUACGAUCUAGCACUCGGCGUCAGCGGGAACACAAUUGAUAGUGUCAAACUCAAGGCAACCGCUUUGCUAAAGAAAGCAAUGUAUUUGUGCGGCCAUCCUGAUGCUGAGGGCCGUGCAUCUAACUUUGCGAAUCUCGCGGUCCGCAUCGUUUGCCAUAGGUCAUUUUAUGACAAUGGUUCCAAAUCACUGAAGCAAUUCACCGAAUUUCAGAAGACCAUUCCGCCCCCAGCGCUCUUCCUCGUUGGGACUAUCAUUCGUAACGUGAUUUAUAUCUACAGCAAAUAUGGCCAGGUAAAUGGCGCCAAGCAGACACCCAUCGAGGAUUCAGAGACUGCCUAUGACCGCAUUUCGACGUUGUUCAACCGCACGAACAGAGAUGAGUAUCACGGACCGAAACUACGUCAAAUGCUCAAAGCUUGGGCAUUGGAAGGCAUGAACGCACAUGGCGCUGGCCUUGGUACUAACGAAGGUGACAACAGCUGUUCUGAGUGGGACGUUGAUUUGGAUUAG